AUGAAUGCAGAAGCCACAGAAGUCUUGCAACACUGCUCGCCUCUUCAGCGGACACGAACGUACAGGUGCUUAUAUAUCAAUAACGCCAUUGAGGAUGGCAAAAUCAUAGUUCCAGAGUUGAUAUACGAGUCCAAGUACACACCCAACACAGUCACAGCGCUUCUUCAGCAUGCGGAGGCGCGCAAAAAAUAUGCUUCAGGCAACCCCAUUGGCCGGAACAAGCGUCCUCUUCAAAGCAGACAGGCAUCCAUUCUGAGAAAGAGCGAUUAUAUAACACCAAUUUCCGCGCCCUCUACUUCUCCACAUCAGCGUCCAUUCCUUCCUAACAUCGGACGACCCGGUGCCAAACCUUUGUCUUCUGCCAGUGCGCAUAUCUCUAAGAUAGCAACUACAGCUAAGCAUGAAACUCCUGUGUCCCCGACACUCACUUCUACCCCACACUUCCUUGAAGCUAACCACAUUGUGCAGCUGACAUUCACUCCAGAUGGUACCCACAGUUCACAAGCGUUUUCACCAAGCAGGGUGGCUCCAGGAAGUCCUACUAUAAAGACCCCUAAGCAGUUCUUGGACGUUUCACCGCACAGCUCUAUUAAGUCCCACCUGAAAGACCGGCCAGAACACAGAGCUGAUCAAAACUCUUUAUUAGGCGCAGGGCACCUGCAUACUCCAGCCCCAUCUCGUGUACAUAGUCGCUUACAAGGUACCAAUUCUGCCCUUGGUGUUGCUCCAGACAAUAACAUUCCUUCAAAGUACAAGGGUAGCACAAAGGCUCCAAGUGUAGACCCAGGCUUUUCUGUCCGAAGUGUUGUUAAUGAUCUUUUAGCGUUGCCUACUCCUCAAAUACAUUGCACAUCACCCUCUCUUCGCAUGCGCUUUCUAAACAGUAACCAAUGA